UCAGCUGCACCGAGACUUCACUAAUAUGAUUGCAAAACUCCCAAAGUCCUAUUUCAGAUCCACUGAGAGCCUUCCUGAGGUGUGCAGCAGAGGUCCUGAGGCCUCAAACGCAGUGGAAGAGGUGUGCAGUGACACAAAGAAGACAGAGUCUACUGGAAACCAUCUGAAAACGGGAAAUGGCCUAAGCAAGGUGGUGCAGCUAUCCAAUGAGAGCCGUCCUGAGGUGUGCAGCAGUCCUGAGGUGUGCAUUAGAGUGCCUGAGGUGUUCAUUGGAAGUCCCGAGGCCUCAAACACAGUGGAAGAGGUGUGCAGUGACACAAAGAAGACAGAGGCUACUGUAAACCUUCUGAAAACGGGAAAUGGCCUAUGCAAGGUUGUGCAGCUAUCCACUGAGAACCGUCCUGAGGUGUGCAGCAGUCCUGAGGUGUGCAUCGGAGUGCCUGAGGUGUUCAGUGGAGGUCCCGAGGUAUGCAGUGGAGUGCCUGACAUGUGCAGUGGAGUGCCUGAAGUGUUCAAUGGAGGUCCUGUGGUGUGCAGGGGAAGUCCUGAGGUGUUCAGUGAGGUGCCUGAGGCACCAAACGCAGUGGAAGAGGUGUCCAGUGACAAAAAGAAGACAGCGGCUGCUGAAAACCUUCUGAACACUGGAAAUGGCCUCAGCAAGGUGAUGCAGCUAUCUACUGAGAGCUGUCCUGAGGUGAGCAGCGGAGUGACCGAGGCGUUGAACUCAGUGGCAAAGGUGUCCAGCGAAACAAAGAAGCGGAAGAAAAAUGGCGUUCUGCGAUUCUUCCGACGUGUGUGGAAGUUCUUCACAUGCACCAUCAGCCUCCCCAAAGAGGACUGACUCAAGCACAAACACACACACACACAACUCUGGGACACACUCUGCAUCUGAAUUU